AUGCCCAACUAUGUGAAGUUCUUGAAGGAUAUUUUGACAAAUAAUAGGAUGCUUGGUGAAUUAGAACCGGUAGAUUUGACUGAAGGUUGUAGUGCUAUUUUGAAGGAUAAAAUUCCUCCUAAGUUGAAGGAUCCGGCUAGUUUCAUAAUUCCAAUUUCUAUUGGGGGAAAGAUUGAAGACGUCCUAGUACAAGUUUACAAGUUCAUUUUUUUGACAGAAUUUAUUAUUCUUGACUAUGAGGAAGAUAGGGAGGUUCCAGUAAUUUUGGGGAGACCAUUCCUUGCCACCGGGAGGACUUUGAUAGAUGUUGAAAAAGGAGAUCUCACCAUUCGAGCUCAAGAAGAACAACUAACAUUCAAGGUUUUUAUUCCUAUAUGCUCUCCUAAUGAAGUUGAAGCUUGUUUAGCUAUACGUGCUUCCAACUCCAAGAUGAUUGAAAAGAUGCAUGAAAAGCAUAGCAAGGGAGUGAGGAAAAAUGUCCCUUUGGAAGAAAUUGAGAAACGUGGUGAGCCAUGA